UUCAGUCUUUGGUUCGUUCGCGUGCGGAGGCGCUGUCGGGUUGCACGGCGGUUACGCUGCGAAUACGACGUAGGGGGCUUUGAAGAAUCUGUAGGGCGGCGGCGGUAGGAGCAGCAGCAGCAGCACCCGCAGCGGCCGUCGCAUCGGGAGGGAGGGGGCCGCUCGUUCGCUCCGCGCCGCCACGGCUGAGGGGGAACGACGGACGUCAGCAGCCGCAGCCGCCAUGGUAGCUCAACAGAAAAACCUUGAAGGAUAUGUGGGGUUUGCAAAUCUCCCCAAUCAAGUUUACAGAAAGUCUGUGAAGAGAGGGUUUGAAUUCACACUCAUGGUAGUAGGUGAAUCUGGACUGGGAAAAUCAACACUAAUCAACUCAUUAUUCCUGACAGACUUGUAUUCUCCAGAGUAUCCAGGACCUUCACAUAGAAUUAAAAAGACUGUACAGGUUGAACAGGCAAAGGUUCUAAUUAAAGAAGGGGGUGUUCAGCUGCUACUAACAAUAGUUGACACACCAGGAUUUGGCGAUGCGGUGGAUAAUAGCAAUUGCUGGCAGCCUGUUAUUGACUACAUUGACAGUAAGUUUGAAGACUAUCUCAAUGCAGAGUCACGUGUGAACAGACGACAGAUGCCCGACAACAGAGUGCAGUGUUGCCUAUACUUCAUUGCUCCUUCAGGACAUGGACUUAAGCCUUUGGAUAUUGAGUUUAUGAAGCGCCUACAUGAAAAAGUGAAUAUCAUUCCACUUAUUGCCAAAGCAGACACACUUACACCCGAAGAAUGCCAACAAUUUAAAAAACAGAUAAUGAAAGAAAUUCAAGAGCACAAAAUUAAAAUAUAUGAAUUCCCAGAGACGGAUGAUGAAGAAGAAAAUAAGCUGGUUAAAAAGAUCAAGGACCGUUUACCUCUUGCUGUCGUAGGUAGCAAUACUAUCAUUGAAGUCAAUGGCAAGAGAGUGAGGGGAAGGCAGUAUCCUUGGGGAGUGGCAGAAGUUGAAAAUGGUGAGCACUGCGACUUCACAAUUCUCAGGAAUAUGUUGAUAAGAACUCACAUGCAGGACUUGAAAGAUGUCACUAAUAAUGUCCACUAUGAGAAUUACAGAAGCAGGAAAUUGGCAGCUGUUACAUACAACGGAGUGGACAACAACAAAAACAAAGGGCAGCUAACAAAAUUUGACACAGUUGAAGGCAUGAGCCCUCUGGCACAAAUGGAAGAAGAACGGAGAGAGCACGUGGCAAAGAUGAAGAAGAUGGAGAUGGAAAUGGAGCAGGUCUUUGAAAUGAAGGUCAAAGAAAAAGUUCAAAAACUGAAGGAUUCUGAAGCUGAGCUUCAGCGACGUCAUGAGCAAAUGAAAAAGAACCUGGAGGCCCAGCAUAAAGAACUGGAAGAAAAACGCCGCCAGUUUGAAGAUGAGAAAGCAAACUGGGAAGCCCAGCAACGUAUUUUGGAACAACAGAAUUCUUCCAGAACUUUGGAAAAGAACAAGAAAAAAGGGAAGAUAUUUUAAAUACACUUACUAACCGCCGGUUAUGUAUUAGUUGCCAAUGUUCCAGCCUGGACAUCCGUGUGUGUUGGAUCUGUUUGACCAGCCUUGCACCACAGUUGUAUCCAUCUCUAUGGAUUUAACAGCAUGACAAAAAAUUUUGUUUGUUUUAAUUUUGAUGGCAAUGGAGAUGCCUUGAAUUGUUUAGGGUAUUGUAUACUUAGGAAAACAAAACAGCUCUAAGUACCCUUUUUAAGAAAAACAAAUUCAUCUUAAUGCAAAAGAACAUUUUACUGUUGUACAAUCAUGUUCUGGUGGUUUGAAUUGUUUACAGGAUAUUCCAGUAUACAAGGACUUGGGAAGGUUUUCCGUAAGGAUACAUUGCCAUAACUAUGCUUCUAUUAUUAAAUAAAAAUUCCAUUCAGUGCAACAUAUAUAAUAAUGUAAUUUAGUCUAACACAGUGGACCCUAUUUUUGACACUUCCAUUGUUUAAAUAUGCAUAUGGAAAGACAAACCUAUAGGCUUAUGGUACACCUAAAAGCUUUUUUAUAACAGCCUCUUUUUUUUUUUUUUUUGGAAUCUUUAAAUAUAUGCUAUUCUCAUUUAGUAACUUCUUUAGCCGGAAGAAUUUAAUUACUGUUUCAUUUUUGUAAUAACAUAUAAUUUAGAUAUUUUCCAUAUAUUGGCCCUGCUAAAUAGAUUGUAGUUUCUUUCAUAUGGUAGGAACCAGUGAAUUAAACUUUUCCUUUAACUCCCUUUUUACAUUUUAUGGUAAGUAGCAGGAAAAUGCAUUUAUAGAUCAUUUCUAGGGAAAAAAAUGUGGAGUUAUCUACCAACAUGUUUCUACCUGUGUGCAGUCUGUCUUCUACUAGAAAUGAGAAUCAUGGCCUCUUAAGAAAAGGCACCAUUUUGCAUUUAGCUGUAUUCAUAUACUGCAUUUCUGUAUUUUUGUUUGUAUUGUAAAAAGUCACAUAAUAAACAAUGUUGUGAUGUAACAUA